AUGACCCAGGGGACCUCAUGUCCUGUGGGACACAAUGCCCCCAAGGACUUAAAAGAGGAGAUUGAUAUUCGACUAUCCAAGGUUCAGGAUAUCAAGUAUGAACCUCAGCUCCUUGCGGAUGAUGAUGCAAGACUGCUGCAGCUGGACACCCAGGGAAAUCAGAGUUGCUACAACUAUUUAUACAGGAUGAAAGCUCUAGAUGCCAUCCGUGCCUCUGAAAUCCCAUUUCAUGCUGAAGGCCGGCAUCCCCGUUCCUUAAUGGGCAUGAAUUUUCUCUCCUACCUGCUAGAUCUUCGAAACACUAGUACUCCUUUCAAUGGUGUGCGCAAAGCCCUCAUUGAUACCCUGCUGGAUGGCUAUGAGACAGCCCGCUAUGGGACUAGAGUCUUUGGCCAGAGAGAGUACCUGCGCUAUCAGGAGGCCCUGAGUGAGCUGGCCACAGUGGUCAAAGCACGAAGUGGGAACUCUUAGCGACAACAUCAGUCAGCAGCCAAAGACCUACCCCAGGCUCCUGGAGUUUCCCCAACAACCAUACAGGUGACCUACCUCCCCUCCAGCCAGAAGAGUGAACGUGCCAAGCACU